AUGGUAGCACAACAAUUUUUGGAGGCGGCCACUCCUAAUAUUUUUGGUCCAGAUACCAAGCGACUUCAGGCGCAUGUAUGGAAGAUACAGUGUACCCAAAAGUUACAACAUUUUAUUUGGCAAGCAUUGACGGGAUGCAUAGCGGUGGGGGCGAGAUUAGGAAGUCAUGGUAUGCAGAUAGACCCGCAGUGUAUUAGGUGUGGCAUGGCACCAGAAACAGUAAAUCACACCUUAUUCGAGUGUCCACCGGCUCUACAGGUUUGGGCUUUGUCUCCGAUCCCGGCGGCACCAGGGCAAUUUCCAACGGGAGGUUUGUUUACAAAUAUGACACAUCUAUUCUGGCACUUGCCGAAAGAUAAUAGGAUGAAGAUGUAUCCUUGGCUAAUUUGGUAUAUUUGGAAAGCUCGGAAUGACAAGGUCAUGAGCAAUGUGAACUGGGACCCAAACGAGAUAAUCGUUAAGGCGGAAGCGGAGUCCAUCACAUGGAGGAAUGCCCAAACACGGCUACAACAGAUCCACAUUGAAACAUUUACUCUCCCACCAGUGACGGGGGACAUCUGUCAAGUGGACGGAACUUGGAAGGAAACAGAUUGCAGAGUAGGUCUGGGAUGGUUUUAUUUUCACACGGAAAAUAUGGACAAACUGAUGGGUGCAUCUAAUCUCAGGAGGGGGAUCUCACCGCUCCAGACGGAGUUGGAAGCUCUAAUUUGGGCUAUGCAGUGUAUGUUAAGAAAUAGCAAGUUAAAUAUAGUUUUUCAGACGGAUUGUUCCGAUGUGGUGAAGAUGGUGUCUAAACCAGAGGAGUGGCCGGCUUUCUCACUAUUACUUGACGAGGUGAAUAGAUGUAAGAGGGGUUUUACUUUUUUUAUCAUCAUGCAUAUACCAAGGAAGGAAAACACGAAGGCAGACAAGUUAGCACGGAGUGCUCGAGUUCUACCUACUAAUGUGUACUAUAUAAACUCUGUUUCACCAGUUUGGAUUUCCGAGUUGUUCUAG